UUAACAUUGCAACACAUGCCAAUACGGCCGGGUUAACUUAUAAAGUGCAAUUUUAAAAUUCCCGCUAAACUUCCGGUUGAAAAUGUCUAUAUAUGAUGACGUAUGCGUGUGACGUCAAUCGUUGAAACGGGAAGUAUGCGGACACAUUGAAUCCUAUACAAAAACUCUGUUUUCAUCUCAAAAUUCCGCAGUAUUCUGGACAUCUGUGUUGGUGAAUGUUUUGCAAUUUGUUUAAUGAACAAUAGAGACUGCAAAGAAGAAAGUUGUAGGUGGGAUCGGUGUAUUAGCGGCGGACUACAGCAACACAACCAGGAGGACAGAGAUGGAUAGCAGACGCGCUAGCCACCGAACUCACCUUAACUUCCUCCGUCUCGCCGACCGCAUCUGUGAUCGGGUGAAGUCCUUCGUCGCACCGUCGAUCGCUGGAACGCAGGACAUGUCAACAGGGAGCAUGGUCCAAGAGCAGGAGCUGAGGAAGAGGAUACUGAAAGACGCGUGCAGAGAAGACAUAGAGAAUUUUCCCAAAGAUAAGCAAAGCUCGGACGAACGUAUCAACGAAGUGCUACGACAACUCCUUGUGGAUGAUGAACAUGGCGUCAUUUACUGCUUCAUACCAAAGGUGGCAUGCACUAAUUUGAGGAGGUUGUUCCUUGCACUAAAUCAUGGCAAGCCGUAUCCUGAUCUCAUGAGCAUAUCUUCCGAAGCGGCCCACAAUCCAGAGGGUCUGCCUCUUCUUGCUAGCUACUCGAAAUACGAAAGGGAGGCCAAGUUGAAGCACUACACCAAGUUCAUGUUUGUCCGUGAACCCUUUGUGCGCCUUGUCUCAGCCUUUCGGGACAAGUUCCUGACCCCCAAUCAGGCCUUCUACGAAAAAUUUGGCCGACUCUUUCUGCGUCGCUACAGCAACCAGUCUGACCCCCCGUUGAACGUGGAAGAAGCAUAUGUGUCUGGCAUUCAGCCCACUUUCUAUAACUUUGUCCAGUACCUGCUAGACCCAAGGACAACAGAAAAAUAUCCAUUUGAGCCUCACUGGAGGCAGAUGCACCGCCUGUGUCAACCCUGCUUCAUUGAGUACGACUUUAUUGGGCAUCAGGAAACGCUUCAGGAAGAUGCCCUGCAACUAAUAACGUCCUUGAACCUGCAGGAGCUCAUCAAGUUUCCAUCAGCCUACCAAAAUGUGACGUACCUUGCGUCAUUGUCAGAGUGGUUUAAAGCAGUGCCCCUGGAGGACAGGAGGAGACUUUACAAGCUUUACGAGAAGGACUAUAAGCUGUUUGGCUACAAAAUCCCUUACUUUUUACUCAACGACAUACAAUAGAGGCGGAGCCCUCUUUGGGCUAUUUGCUAAGCCGUAGUGGGCGUUCACCAAAGAGCACAGUCCUCCUGUAGAAAUAGACUGACCAUACGUCCUCUUUUCCCCGGACAUGUCCUCUUUUGCGUGGCUGUCCGGGCGGGGUUUCUUAAAUGCCUCAAAUGUCCGGUAUUUUGAGUUAGGGUUGCGUGUAUUUUCAAUGUACGUCCAGGGUUAAGAAGGCGUUAAAAACAAAACAAAUUGUGAAGGUGUGCGCACGCAGCAACAUUCGUGAGGGAGGGGCAGAGACAGAGAGCGAGACAGUCGAGAGACAGACAGAACACAAGAGAGAAGCCGAAACGUAAAUGCAACUUCGCGGAUGAUUUGCGGGAAAAGUAUCUGUGUUUUCGUCCUGGCCGUGACACAUGGAAAGCAGAAUGCACUGUGUGCAAAGCAGGAACGUAUAUAUCUGUGGCAAAUAAAGGGGCCAACGAUCUACAAGCCCAUAUCGACACUACAAAGCACAAAACAGCUGUGCAGGGCGAGAGCUCGUCUGCUGUUUUUUGUUUAAAUUUAAUUAACUUGUUUUGAGGCAUUAUUUAUGUUUAGAUUAUAUACAAGAGGUUAUUUUGAAUAUUUCUACCUCUGCACUUUUUUUUCCAAAACUGUGAAUGUUACAGAAUAUAAGUCUGACUUAUUUUGUUAUACUGUCAACCAGUGUUGGCGUUAACACACUUUUUGUGUCUUUUUAACCUAUUGAAAUCAGAAAGGACGCAGAUUUUUUAUUUUUAUUUUUUACCAUUUGCGGCCCACAGAUAAUGUUUUAAAAGCCCACGGCACAUUCUAAAAAUACUAUUAAAAUAAACAAUAACAUAAAAGUAAAAUAAAAAAGCCUAAAGGUGAAAUGUAAUUUAGAAACAGUUGCAAUGUUGACUAAUAAAACAAAGCUGUUUUUUUUUCUUUCAAACUGUCAUUGCUCAAAACAUAAUAUUGAAUCAAAAUCAAUGUUAUUAUGAAUUAUUGACCUAUCAAAGGUUCCGAUUACUUCACAUCAAAUAUUCCACUUUGAAAAAUAUUUUUGGUGGAAGAUUUUGCAUAUUUUGUGUGUUUGCCAUAAAAAACAUAGUUUUGUUUGACAAAAAAGGGCGGAAAACAAACAAACAGCAUAAAAAAAAUAAAACAUUUUGAAAUGAGGAAUAGAUCUGAAGUUGAUGUAGACUCCAGAGAUUUAAAUGUUGAAUAUAAAAUGUAUGUUUGCCCUGGCACACCAUUAUUAUCAUUUCAUGACUGAAGCAAAACACUUUUUACACUUUUAUACUGAAAUAAAUACACCUACAACUUAUUAAAUAAAAACAUAGAAAAAACUACCAGCAGCGGUAAAGUUUAGAUCCAUGAAGGAAAGAAGAAAGUGAAUGAAUGUUUAUAACUGAAUACAUUUACAUAUGCAUGCACAUUGGUUUUCUUUUGUAUUAUCUUUUUUAAUGAAUUAAGUAACGUGUAUGACAACCUUUUUCCAAAACACAAUAUAGAAUGUGAGAUAUAACAGGAUAAUGCAUACAUUUGUCAUUUGUUUUCAAAACGCUUACAAAAAAGUGGGACCGGACCCCAAAAAUGUAAAGUGGGACCCCAUUUUUAUGACUUGAUGGGGUCCCUGGGACCUCAUUUUGAAAAUUCCUAGCGCCAACACUGCUGUUAACAAAGGAGAAAAAAUGCUUUACUUUAAUAAAUAUAUUAUUUAUAAAGCAAGUUCGAGUAUCAUUGGCAAAUUUUCACCUAGUCCUGGCCUUGGCGUGCUGCCCGCCUUGUCAUGCAUAUGUGUCCUCUUUUUGGGAUUUCAGAAUAUGGUCAAAGAAGCCAAACAUUGAUUUUGACUUGGACAGUAUUCUCCUCUUUGAUACAGUUGUGCAUUUGGACGUACAUAGUGACGUCAGUGGAUGUCACUGGCAGGGCCGAAUUAACCUAAGAGGAGUGGAGGGGGGGGACAGUCACCCUGCAGAACAAGGGAAUCACCUGAGGGAGCGCUCUCCUGUACUCGUUUGAGGGAAUCCAAAAAUGGCGGGUAGUCUGAGCUGCUGUUUGGUGCGUAAGCACAAAUAACAGUCCCAACCCUUCCCCCCACCCGAAAGAGGAGGGAAGCUAUCCUCUCGUCUACUGAGUUGAAUUUCAACUAGGGCUGGGCGAUAUAUCGAAUAUACUCGAUAUAUUGCGAUAUAGAAAAUGACUAUAUCGUGAUAUUUGAGUAUACGUUCUCAGGCAGUUGCUUUUAGCUGUGGGCAUUACACUACAGGCUCUUCUCACUCUUUCUUGUCUUUCCUUCUCACUGAGACUUAAAACAAGCGCACCUUCUUACAUACGUCACAUACUGUCGCGCGUGCAACGUCACACACUCUCGCGGAGCAGAGAGGUAGCGAAAUGGUAACGUUAGCUGUGAUGCUAGCGGUGCAGUGCGAGUGGUAAUACGAGAGAAAGAAGGUGCGAAUCUGGUAACAAAUGAAGGAAGAAUUAAUUCCCAAGAAAAACAGCACGCGGUCCAUCGUCUGGCGGUGAUUUGGCUUCAAGCGGCAAGAUGUCGAACAAGUAUGCGGCAAAAGCGUUGCUACAAAAAGUAGCAUUACUACUAAUUUGUAGCAUGACUUGAAAAGUCACCCGCUACAGAAUGAAGAGUGCUUGAAACUCCGCAUGUCAACAUCUCCGUUCGGUGCCACACCAACAAAAUGCCCAAGCAACCAUUUCCAGAUCAACACCGUAUGAAACAAAUAGUCAACAGAAUGAGAUAACGUCCGCAGGAACCUACCACAUAGCGAAGGACAUACACUAUUUGAUUUCUUAUUAUGCAGCUCAUUUUUAUUUGACAGUUAUUGAAAUAUCUUGUGUGACAUCAUGCACAAAAGUGCACUUUAUUUGUUUUAAACUAUUGUAGUGGCAUUCUGUACAAAAAGUGCACUUUAAUUUAGUGUUGUUUUGAUAUGUCAUCUUAGUGACAUCAUGCACAAAAGUGCACUAAUAGCUUGUUUUAAAAUGUCUCUGACAAUCUUGCACUUUCUGUUUUGGAAAUGACAUGAAUGUUUGUGCCACUGCUUAAUAACUGUUUAAUAAAUACAGUUUUGGUAAAUUGACUCAGUUGUGGUUUCCCUCUCUGCAUGAAAGUUUAACAUGAGCAUAUAUUAAUGGAGUAUGAACAAGGAUGUUUUAAUGUAGACACAUAGAAUCAUCAUACUGUUGUGAUUAUAUGCAUCAAGUGGUAAUUCAAGGCUGAGGCAAAAUAUCGAGAUAUAUAUCGUGUAUUGUGCCAUGGCCUAAAAAUAUCGAGAUAUUAAUAAAAGGCCAUAUUGCCCAGCCCUAAUUCCAACAUACAGGCUCUGAGCAGGGGGCCGACAAGAAUUGCCACACCAUUCCGUUGUCUCUCACUCCUUGCAACGCCAGAGUUCAGUUCAGUUCAGUUUCAGUUUAUUUCGAACAUGCAUACGAUACAAUGUAAUGCAUCACACAAUUCCAGUUGUUUUAUCACAGCACUACCGAAAAGGAGUAGGAAGAAGUUUGGGCUGUCAGAGAUUGAUUUUUUAGGUCACCGUAUUUCGUCGCUGGGUGCGAUCCCUUUGCCUUCAAAAGUGCAAGUGGUGGCAGAUUUUCCUCGCCCCUCCACUGUCAAAGCUCUGCAGGAAUUUUUGGCCAUGAUUAAUUUUUAUAAUCGGUUCCUUCCUCGCGCUGCCCACCUCCUGCAGCCUCUUUAUGGUGCCCUACGGAACAAAAAGGCAAGCGAUUCCCUCGAAUGGUCUCCUCAGCGAGUCCAAGCUUUUCAUAGGGCUAAAUCCGCGCUCGCAGAGGCUGCUCUCCUCGCCCACCCUGUUUCCGCGGCGCCCGUGGCUUUGACAACGGACGCGUCUGAUGUCGCCGUGGGCGCUGUGGUGGAGCAGCGGGUGGCGAAUGUAUGGCAGCCCCUUGCGUUCUUCAGUCGUAAACUGCGAGAUAACGAGCGGAAGUACAGUGUAUUUGACCGAGAGUUGUUGGCACUGUAUCUUGCAA